AUGGUUUUUUCACCAGAACUUGGUUACGAUCCUGAUGAAUGGGAGGAAUGUUCGAGUGAUACUCAUUUUAUGGUUUUUGGUUAUUUUACACGAAUGUUUCUUUCUCUCUCCAUUAUUUUUUUAACUGGAUUUUUAUUUUGGAUGAUAGAAUUUCGAAAGCAAAGCGACAAAGCGAAUAAUGCCAACAGAGCCAAUCAGGUCAUUUAUUUCUCCCCAAUAAUAUUUAUAUUUCAUUCGCUUAAAUGCUCAUUCCAUACAACCAUAAUAAUACUUGGAAAUCUGAUCAACAGUAUUCACUCAGUCAGCAAUUAUGAAGCAGAUGCACUGGACGAUUGGCAUCGAGAAUUGGCAAAAUUGGAAGAAUCAAGAUUACAAGAAUUAGAUGAGAAUUAUCGAAUCGUUGAUGGUUCACAAGGAUUAUCCGGAAUCGAGACUGAAUCGCAAUUAAUCGAACGUUUCAUUCCAGCUGACGAAAUUUCGAUGAAUACCGAUUCUGCUGAUCUUGAAAAAUUCUCUAGAAGGUCUUCUUACAGAUUUAAAACUGAGGUUAACUAUGAUCAAUCUUCGCCCCAAAUACCAUUUUUAGUCGAAGCCACGUCAAAAGUAGCAGAGUCCGUCGAUGCAUCCUUUGUGUCGCAACACGCUACUUCCGAUAUGUCUCCCUUUAAUUCACCUGAAGCGUUCAAUACCGCAGCUCCACUUGAUGAUGAAAUUAAGAGGCUAGCUGAAGUGGACAUUUAUGUUCACGAUGCAAUCGAAUACGUCAGCAACCAAGAACCUGAUUUGGUUUCUGGAUUCGUCAUUGAGGAAGAUAUGUUGGAAAGUGCCGGGAAAAAUGAAAGUUUGCACCGACUGCCAUUAUUUUCAACUGAAGCUACAAGUCAAAUGGUUAAAACAAAUGAGGUGUUUGAAAGAAUGGAACAUUUGGUGGAUGUCGAUGAUACGAUGACUUACGCACCUGAAAUUCAGUCAAUCGAAAUACCUCCAGAUCAAACGAGCGAAAACAGCGAAAAUUUAUUGGAAUAUUUCGAUCAGGUCGCCGCUGAAUUUAAUCAUAUUAAUGCAAGUCAUUAUAUUCAAGGUCUUGUUUUGCAGGCACCAGAACCGAAACCAUUGGACACUUCGCCGAUUUUCUUAAAACAACUUGAAUAUUCACCAUCUUUAUCGUCUUUACGAAGCGCUAAAAGUGUAGAAUCGAGCGACUUUCGAAAAAGUUCGCUACUAAAUAUACUUGGAGUUAGCGGCAUGCAAGAUAUGUUACUUGCAUUAACUUCCUUGGAUGCCUUGUCACUUGCUAUGCGAAAAGCGGGUCUUGAAUCCACUAAUUUGAUUUUCGGAAUCGACUAUACAGCAAGCAAUAAAUACCAAGGCGAACAUUGUUUCAAUGGUCGCUCACUUCAUUCGAUUGAACCUGAUGUGCUGAAUCCAUAUCAACAGGUAAUAUCUAUAAUGGGAAAAACAUUAGCGCCGUUCGCAACAUCAGGAUUUAUUCCCGCAUAUGGUUUUGGUGAUGCAAAAACUAGUGAUUGGUCCGUUUUUAAACUGAAAUCGAACGGAGAAUGUCACGAUUUGGACGAAGUCCUUAGUGUCUACAACGAAAUUACACCAAAUGUCAUUUUAAGUGGUCCAACGAACUUUGCACCGUUGAUCUACCAAGCAAUUAAGAUAUGUGAACAAGUUCAAGAUUACCACAUAUUGGUUAUUAUUGCUGAUGGACAAGUGACAAACGAGAAAGCAACAAGGAAAGCGAUUCUUAAAGCAUGCAAAUAUCCACUCUCAAUUAUUGUCGUAGGUGUUGGUGAUGGACCAUGGGAUAUGAUGAGGGUAUUCGAUGAUUCGUUACCGAAACGACCAUGGGACAAUUUUCAUUUCGUUGAAUUCCAUGAAGUUAUAAGAAAAGCGUCUGAUACGAAUGCUGGCGAACUGUCAUUCGCCAUACAAUCUUUACUUGAAAUCCCUGAUCAAUACAAUAUAGUUCGACAACUCGGUCUCCUUCGUGGACCACUCCAAUGUUCAAACCAAAAUUUCAAAUUCUAUUAG